UGCUUUGGUGCUGACCGAAAUUUUGCAGUCUCAAAUUAUGAAGGGAUAAGUGGAUCCUCUAUUGCCCAAGAUGCGCUUAGGCGGAAGGUAAAUAACAUAAUUAAGACGAAGAUCCCAGUUCUUUAUAAGGAACUCGAGUAUCUUUACCAAUUAGCUUCUGCUGUCACUGCACAGAGAGCUAUAUUUGAAAACUCAAAUACUGCUGAUGCGUAUCAUGUGACUAUUACUGGACUGGCUGGUAAAGAGUUUAUUGCUGAAGAACGUCAAGUUGCAAUGGAGGACAUCAAGAAAGCCGUUGAUGAGGCGGUCACAUGGAGCAGAGCGGAAUUUUGCGGUACAGAAUACGCGGUUUUAUCUAACGACAGCUCAUUUUUCAUAGUGAGCCAAACAACUGGACAUUUUUCCCGUUGA